AUGCAUUUCCCUCCGGACGAAAUUAAGAUCCUUGUUGAGGAGAUCGCCCAGAUCCUCCAAUCGAGGAAACAGACGCUGUCUGUGAGCGAGGGAGCGUGUGGUGGGUUACUGAGCGCUUACUUGAUCUCGUUGCCCGGCGCGUCCAAGUUUUUCGAUGGAAGCAGACUUAUCUACAGUCUCAAGUCACGCCUGAAGCUUAGUGGCUGGGACACCGACCAGAUCCGCAAUUACACCGGCCCGAGCGAGGCGGUUGUUCUUAGACUCGCAAGAAACCUAAGAAUUGAGUUUGGAUCAACAUACGUUCUCUCGGAAUCUGGGUUUGCUGGACCGUCUACAAGCGUUGGUUUGGGAGACCAGGAGAGUAUCACCGACAGCUCGAAACAAGGACUGGUUUACUUGGGAGUCAGCGGACCAAAUGGAGAUAAGUCCUGUGUGAUCAGCACCGGCCACGAAGACCGGUCCGAAAACAUGCAGUUGUUUGCUAAAAAAGGUCUCGAGUUCUUACUAAGGGUGUUAAGAGAAGAAGGUACAACAAUCCUUUAA